GCUCCUUAACACCAGUUCGGUGGUGGCGGCUGGGAAGUUAGAGUUCCUGCUUGGCUUGCCGAUCAAUUUCUCCGAUUUAGGGUUUUAUAUCUCUCACGCUUUCUUAUCAAAGGCUCUGAUUUCAACUAAUUUACUUAAUUGCCACAGCAAUUCACUCGAAAUCGAACGAAAGUUUUAAUCUCUGUUGUUCAGAAAUGGAGUCGAAUUCGUGGAACACCCGUCUUUCAACUUCUUCUUCACGACGCUACCAGAAUCGAUCAGAUUUUGUGUUUGGUAUAGAUCUGUUCAUCGGAGGAGGAUUUGAUGAAACCGACGGUGAUGAGGAAUUCGGAGGUUUGUAUUUGUGUCCAUUUUGUGCUGAAGAUUUCGACAUUGUUGGACUUUGUUGCCACAUCGAGGAAGAUCAUCCUGUUGAAGCGAAAAAUGGGGUGUGCCCUGUUUGUGCAAAGAGGGUGGGAAUGGAUAUUGUCAGCCAUAUUACCAUGCAACAUGGGAGUUUCUUUAAAGUGCAGCGCAAAAGGAGAUUGCGAAGGGGUACAUCUAACUCAACAUUUUCUUUAUUAAGAAAAGAAGUGCGAGAUGGAACUUUGCAAUCUCUUCUUGGGGGAUCUUCGUGCUUUGUUCCCCCCUCCAAUACAGAGCCUGAUCCGUUGUUGUCAUCGUUUAUAUUUAGUUCGCCUAGUAAGGCUGAUGAACCUGUUAGUGUGCAACCACUUCGUAUGGUUGUACCAACCUCAGUAAUGGAAAAAUCAGAUGAGAAUUUUCAAGAAAGAAAUGUCCCACAGAUGCAGCUAUCAGAUAAAGACCAAGAGGAGAAGGCUCGCAGGUCUGCAUUUGUCCGAGGACUUGUGCUGUCAACUGUUUUCGACGACUUCUUAUAAAUUACAGUGGCAUUGAGGGACUAUGUUAUGCUAUUGUAAUAUGAGAACCAGCAGUUAUGACUGUUAUGCAUAAAGGGGAAGAAGAAGAAUUUGAAUUUAUGUUAUAAGUGGUUAUAGUUAGAUCAGAGAAAGUCUCUAUCCACAUUAUAUGUAGAUGGGCAUAAUGGAAAGAUGAAGUUUCAUUCAACUUAUGUUAGCUUUGCCUUAAUUUUCCAGGAUGCACUAUUUUGUAUGGGGUGGGUGUGUUUGAAAGCCUAAUCAACAUGAAUCAACGGAUGGUGUUGGAGCCCAAAUGGUCAGGUUAAGGUUGAGAUGAACACAUUGAAUAAAAAUACAUGUAUAAACAUUUUUACGAAGUUAUUCAUACAAACUGGGAGAAAGUGAGAUACAUGUUAUCAUGUCAGAUUACAUAGAUAUUUUAGUGAAAAAUGUUUAUUAUAAUA